CGCGCCAAGGCGGUUCCGGGUGACGUGAGCUGGUCUGCCGAGGUUGGAAAUGUUGACAACCAACGCGGAGAGACAGGCACAACACCGAGUUCCGUCCCUCACCGCCAGGGGCUUGUUGAGCUCACCGAACAUCGCGAGCGACUAUCGCAUCCUACCGAACCAUGGCGACCUUGUACGAUGACAUCAAUGGGUCGCGCUACCUGUCGUCGUCCAUCUCGUCGCUGUCAACAUCGCGGCAACAAUCGUCGCAGAUCGCCAAAGCCUACCGACAGGCCGCCCAACUGUUCCUGACGCGACGUCUGCCGGAGGCUCUGUCGACCAUCGAACCCAUCAUCACGCCGCCGCCCGUCGAUGAGACCACCGGCGACAAGGGCGACCUCGUGGGCCACGCCCCGGUCGCAACCGCGUCACGAGGGACCCGGGUGAAGGUGUGGAGCUUCUACCUCACCUUCCUCAAUGCCGUCAUAGAGCUGGGCGCCGAGGAGGGAAAGCACGCCUUUGGCAGCACGAGAUGGAAGCAAUUGGUGUCACAGUGCCGCGACGGCAGCAUCUGGGACAACGUGGUACGGGACGGCUAUGCGGGCGUCGAGGGAGACGUGGAUGCCGACGUGGUCAUCAACCUGGCCACCCUCCUCCUCACCCAUGCGCCCUCCCAGCGGCUCAACCAGCAGAAGCUGGAGACGUACCUCUCCGCCACCGCCAACCCAACCCUCGAUGUCUCCUCGCACAUGUCAUCUCCAGCAUACCUCGAGAAGCGCCCAGGCCACCGCAGGCAAAAUACCGGCACAGACACACCUCGCGACCUAGAGAAGCGCAUCAAGCUGCUUGAGCUGUAUACCCUGCAUGUCUUGCCUAGAAACGAGGAAUGGGACUACGCCCGCGAGUUCAUCACCAUGUCCGAAAUGCUCGACGAAGAGCGCAAAGAAGCAUUCUUGCUAGCGUUGCACUCUCUCAAGGAAGAGAAGGAAGACACAGAAGCCCGGGAAGAGAAGCUACGCCAGCAGCAACAAGAGCAAAUGGAGGAGCGCCGUAGAGAGACCGAAGCCAAGCGCCUCGAGCAAUCCCGCGCAGAGGACGAACGUCGGAAACGCGAAGAGGAAAACAGGCGGCAGCCCCGCGGCUCAGACGAGCGCUUUCGCAAACCCCAGCCAACUCCUCAGCCCACCCCGUCGCAGUCCCGAAUCUCCCGCACACCCGGCAAGAAACCCACAACUCCGCCGCCCGGCUUCUACAACCGAGCGUCCACAAUGUUUGGCAAUAUACAGACCAUGAUAUCCAACACGGCACAUCAGAUGACUGCAAAUCCCAUGGCUUUUUUCCAGGAUACUCCGCAUCAUACGGAAUGCGUGGGACAAGGUGAGACGCACCGUAGGUAUGGGAGUCAAGGUUUCCUACAUUUAAUGUGAUUGACGUGAUUGGGUCGAGGUUCUUAUGUCCAUGUAUUUCUAUUCUCAAAGCUACUAGGGGCCAUUGUGCUAACUCUGACAAUAUCAUUAUGCUCAUCAUCUUCAUCACCAUUACUGUCUGUCAUAGGGGCGGCAACACUCGGCCUGACAUCUUGUUGCUACUUGUGAACUAUUCUUGGCAGGA